AUGUCGCCGUCAACUACCUUUGGAGCUGUACCGGUGAGCCCCCACAGCGGUGAACCUGCACCUGCACCCGCACCCGCACCCGUACAUCUGCCCGUGCCCGUGCCCGUGCCCGUGCCUGAGCCUGAGCCUGAGCCUGAGUCUGCACCGGUACAGCCACUCCCACUCCCACAACAAGAAGAUCAGGAACAAAUACAAGGACAAGGGCAGGGACAAGACCAGGGACAAGACCAGCUGCGCGGCCGUCGCCCUGCCGGCACACCCACCUCCGUCCCCGCCGCUUCCCAACCCCCUGGCACCUCGAGUUCUCUGGCAGCUGGGGAGGAUGGCCGAGCAGGAACAGCAACAUCCCAGAAUACCCGUGUACCUAGUUUCGAGAACAAUGCUGUUGCACCAGACCUGAUAGAUAAAAGGCCAAGGGGACCUCCAUCUGUCCCUUCCGCCGCCGCUUCUUCUGCUGCCUCUGCCUCCACUGUUCCCAAACGGCCUCAGGGGCCCUCUCUGCUGACACAGCAACUCGCAGAAGCUCGUGGUAUAUCUCUUGCUGUCGCUAGCCAGUCCCUCGAUGCUCCUUGUCCCAGCCCUCGUUUGCAAAACCACACGUACGACCCUGCCAACGUUAGUCGCCCCAAAGAAGACCGCCCUUCGGACGGGCUCCCAUCCACACACUCCCAUCACCAAGAUCACCCUCAGGACACUUCCUAUGAUAGCGAUGGAGGCUCCGUGACUCCCAGAGCCUCACCAAGGGCCGUCGCCGCUGCCAUGGCUCGCACUGGUACCGUCGAAACCCUUACUCUUACUCCCCGGACCAGCGAAUCCGUCCUGUCCCACGCACUGGACUCGUUGGAACCAAGAAGUGUGGACUCGAGGCCCAAGGACCACUGGGACCUCCUCAGAUCCAGUGAGAGAGGCACAUCCUUGGAGAGGACAGACAGGGAGAAGAGACUGAAGGACGUGGCCUUCUCUCCUCGCACCUACUCUGAGACCUCCACUGCACCAUAUUUCGCCUCAGCGCUGGACCGCGAUUCGGAGACGUCGAACGGGAGGCUGGACCAGGCUGUCACACCAAGCCAACGCUCCCCGGCCAGGCCUCGCAAACCCGACCAUCGAGUAUCGAUGGGACCUGAGAAGGCGUGGUCAAUUGGUUCUGACGAUCUCAAGAACGGCCAGGAUGGCCAGGUUGAAAAGUCUAUUGCAGAGGUGCUGGCAGGAGUAGAGCCGAAUGCUAGAAGCCGGAAAGCAAGCCACAGCUUGCGCUUCUUCAAGGAAGGCUUGCCGGAGGAAACCAUGAAGAGGCGAGAAUCUCGACACGGUCCCAGCCCCAAGGAGAGACUGCUGCCGUCCGCGGACGAUGCCGAUCCUGAGAGGCACCGGCUGGCUAUCCGGGGUGAUGAUCACUUUAAGAGCCUGCAGCCCACCCCUGGCCCUGCAGAAGAUGCCCCAGGACGUCUAUCGCGCACCAGAACUUUCCCACUAUCGAUAAGUGCACAGAAGUAUAGCGAAGAACCCCAGGAUUACUUCCACGUGCGUCGCGAGCACAAGACGGUCGCUGACCCACGCACACCUCUGGAUGAAGCGAAUGUGUACGAGGAAGACUCGCCCAAAGUCUCUGGCGGACUUCGGAUGGAUCGUGAAGUGCGAACAGGGCCAAGUGACACAGCUGACGCUGUAGAGGACGGUGAAAUUUCUGGAGAGGAGAAAAUAUCGUCCGCCGUUUUCCUGCCGCACAAAGGCCCCCAUGCUGCCCCCGAUAGUCCAUGUGAUGUUGAGGAAGAUAUCGAUGCGACUAGUGACCCCGGCGUGACACACCAGCGGAACGCUGAUGGCUCAGCUUGGCUGGUCAAGGCCGACGAGCCUGAGGUCGACGAGCCGAAAUCGCCCCAAGGUCCGAUCGAAGAAAAGACACGAGAUGCUCCUCCCAUCAGACCCCAUGAUCCCGGACUACGCUCUCCUGGUUUGAAGCCUCCCGAGAAAGCUGCGCCUGUGGCGUCUCCUUCCCCAGAGAUUGAUCGUGCGGUACAAGAACAGUCUGUGCCUGCUCAGUUGGGUCCUCAAGACUAUGAAGACCACGUCCAUGAUCAUCAAUUAGGUGCCCAACAACCACUUGAUGCCAUAGAGCUUGUUCCUUACUCGCAUCAGGUGGGUGGGCACACGACCCUGUGGAAGUUUUCGAAGAGAGCGGUCUGCAAGCAGCUCAAUAACCGCGAAAACGAGUUUUACGAGGAUAUUGAAAGAUACCACAGGGACCUACUUCCUUUCCUGCCUAGGUACAUCGGCGUGCUCAAUGUAACAUACUCAAAGCAGCCUAGGCGGAAAUCCACUAUCAAGAGGGAUGAGCCUGCGGCUUCUGAACGUAGGAAAGCCGAGCAGAUGGACCAGAGUACGGGCGUGAGGAGUAAUGGCCUCUCGCCUCAUGAGUCUGCCGAGAAGCCGAACCAGGCCAGUCAACAGACGAGCACGCAUACCAGAGUAAUCAGCCAAUCUCUCCAAUCAAGCUCGAUCCCAAUCCCAACGGUCACAUUCAUGGACAACCAACAUAUUCUGCCCCGGAGCCUUCUUCACCCGGCAGCAAACGCGGCGAUCUAUUCCGAGCGUGCGCGGAGCUCGUCAAUCUCUGUUCCGGCGUCGCACUAUACCUCCAAUGAUUCGACGCCUGCGGGAAUACUGGAAAGACCGUCUCUGGAAGACCGGCAUGCUAAUAGCUGGGGAACCACCGUGGUCAACAAAAAGCUGCGUCACGAGGUAUUCAACGAUGCCUUCCGGAAUCAACCAAUCAACAUCCAUAGGCACAAGAAAGCUCACCAGCGAAUACUGCCCAAGAAGACUCUGGACCGCCUCCUUCGGCCCCAGAGCUCAGAUUCUAGCCUUAUGAGGGGCAACAGUACGCAGUUACACAUUCCUGUGGUGCGCAACCAGGAGCCCAUUCAGCAAGUAUCCUCACGUUUGCACCAGAAAUCACAAAGCGACCUGGGCCCUUCUAGCGAGCCUUGCUCAGAUGGCAAUGAGGAGUCCAAAGAUGUCACUGGGACCAGUGCUCCUGAGCCAGACAUACUGAACGAGGCUAUGGUCCCGCAACGUAAGAAACGCCGGCAUUCCGGGAGUGCUCUGCGAAGGAGACCUAAGGACGUGUCAGACUCGAGAGGGGAUCUGCAUUAUUGGGAGGAGCCUGAUGAUGCAGGUUAUAAGGGCGACAACGAAGAAGUUGGUGGCCCAGCUCCCAGGCCCGACGCACCUACAGCAAUGCCCGCCCAGGAUCCCAAUGGGGCAGAUGAGACCCAAGGCAAGGCAUCAUCCACGACUUCGUCGGCUUGCGAAUCUACAGUUGUCUCUUUGGCGACAAGCCCCACGAGCGAUUUCAAGAGGGUGCCAAGGCCAAUGAACCCCAAAGAGGCUCAAACUCAGCGCGGGUCACGAGUCUCGUACUUCCUACUAUUGGAGGAUCUGACUGCUAGCAUGAAGCGUCCUUGCAUCAUGGACCUGAAGAUGGGCACACGCCAGUAUGGUGUUGAGGCCACCCCCAAGAAGCAGAAAUCUCAACAACGCAAAUGUGCCGAGACAACAUCGCGGGAGCUCGGUGUGCGGGUCUGCGGCCUUCAGGUGUGGGAUGUGCAGACCGAAAAAUAUGUCUUUCAAGACAAAUACUACGGUCGAAACCUCAAGGCCGGGGACGAAUUCCAAGAAGCACUCACCCGCUUCCUUUACGAUGGCAAGGAUCUUCACAGCAUCCUCCGGCAUAUCCCCAACAUUCUGCAGAAGCUAAGCCAGCUCGACGUGAUUGUGCGUCGGCUGCGGGGCUACCGAUUUUAUGCCGCCAGUCUGCUCAUGACCUAUGAUGGUGACCAAUCGGGCAAAGACAACUACGACACCGCGGUGGAAGACUCAACAACGGACUUUGCUACUGACACAGAAGACGUCGGUAGAGUCCGCAAACGGAAAGACAAGGGCGAGAUCGAUUUCAAGAUUGCCGAUUUUGCCAACAGCCUCACUGCUAGUGACAUGGACCAGGACAAGCCUUGCCCACCUCGACAUCCCCAGGAUCCAGACCGCGGCUUUCUCAAGGGCCUGCGGAGCCUGCGCAGGUACUUCCUCAAAAUUCAACAAGAUACUCGCACCGAACUGGGGCUGCCGUCAGCGCAGCGCAACCUGCUCUACGAUCCACAAAUGGACGUGUCGGAAGACGAGUUCGUCAGCGAGUAA